UGGGCUGCACCUCCUCAAGACGUAUUACCGUCACACAAACGGCGUCUAGCAGCCGCACAAUCACGAACACGAUCGCUCCGCAACAACAGUAACACGAUCAGGGUCAGGAUCACAAAGAGCUACUUAAAAUCAACUAUAAUUGAAAGUAAAACACAAAUAGAGGUGGCACGAGUAAUACGAGUAUGGGCACGCAGAAGGAGGACAUUCUUCGCCAGCUAAGCGAUGCCGAAGUGGACGAGCUGUUGCAGCUCUAUCUGAAGAGAUACGGUCCGCUACACUUUCACUAUCUGCUGAUUUAUAAUCAACGGAAAUGGGAUCAACAGCUGAGCCGUGCUGGCAUUUCUCUGGAGGAUGCGGCCUAUAUUUCAAUGCGCAAGCGCUUCUACACUCAUCGCAAUGGCGACUUUCGUCGCUAUGGCACCUAUGUAAGUCUUCACCACGAUCUGGUGCAAAGUAUCUCGUUCUAUAGCUGGCAGGCGGAGAAACCGACAGAACUAUACGAGUGCCUGGAGCAAACGCAACGCAUCGAAUGGCAUCGUGGUGCGCUCUUGACCAAUGUGGAUUUGGGCUUUUGCGCACGCGUCAAGGAAAUCGCUGUGGAACGUGGAGCGGCUGGUAUCUUAAAUGCUCGACAGUGCUACGGGAUGAUCCUCCCUCAUGCGCAGGCCUUGAAAGCGCGUGUGCCCGACUUACCGUCGGACUUUGAGCUGCGCACUCUGUGUGAGGAGGAUGCACCCUUGGUACACUCGGUGUGGCCGAAUUCGGGUGAGGGCUCGUUGGAUUAUAUACGGGCGCUAAUCAAAUUCAACAAGAGCCUGGGUGCUUGUCGCAGUGAUACGGGCGAAUUGGUAGCCUGGAUAUUUCAAAACGAUUUCUCCGGAUUGGGGCUAUUGCAGGUUCUGCCAAAGGUUGAAAGACGGGGUCUAGGCGGACUGUUGGCCGCUGCCAUGAGCAAAACUAUUGCCAAGUGUGAAGAGGUUACUCUGACUGCUUGGAUUGUAAGCCACAAUUGGCGUUCAGAGGCUCUUUUACGCCGAAUUGGCUACGAAAAGGGUGAGGUCAAUGAAUGGAUUAAGCUGGCACCUGCUUAACAAACACAACCCGGGACCCACGAAAUAUUUAAUCGUACCAGGCCAGAUGAGGUUCGUUGCAAUUACAUAACUUAAAUUAAACUCUUUGGAUAUAGUGUUCUUUCUGUUUACAUUAUGCCUAUGUACAUGGUCAACAAUUUUAUUGCGCA